UCCUGCUUCCUGUGACCAGUUUACCGCAGGUAGCAGCUUCAGGUUUCAACCGUUUCAACACUUGCUGGAACUUCUUCGCUGCCAGCGUUGAGCUGUGUUUUUAAAAGACAGUCAGCCAGGCUGCAGCUUUUCUAGUCGCGUAGAAAGCUGCCCUCCUCUUUGCUUUGUGGACGAUCGAGAAGCGCCGAAGAAAUGACUUUAAUGUCGAGGAUUUAGCGAGUUUGUGUUGUUGAGUACUUGAAGCCACCUGAAACUGAGCAGAACUGUUGACUAGUUGUCACAAUGAGAAGCAGGAGCAACUCGGGCGUUAAACUGGACAACUAUGCCCGGAUAGUUCAGCAAACUAUCCUGCAGCACCAAGAUCCAGUGACAGGUCUUCUGCCGGGCAGCGCUGAACAGUCUCACUCCUGGGUCAGAGACAAUGUUUACUGCGUCCUGUCUGUGUGGGCGCUCAGUCUGGCCUACAGGAAGAACGCCGACAGGGACGAAGACAAGGCCAAGGCCUACGAACUGGAGCAGAGUGUGGUGAAGUUAAUGAGAGGCAUCCUUCAGUGCAUAAUGAGGCAGCUGGAUAAGGUGGAGAAGUUUAAAUACAGCAGAAGUACCUCAGAUUCACUCCAUGCCAAGUACAACACCAAGACCUGUGCUCCGGUUGUCGGGGACGACCAGUGGGGUCACCUGCAGGUCGACGCCACCUCACUCUUCCUGCUCUUCCUCGCUCAGAUGACCGCAUCCGGUCUCCAUAUUGUCUACACCCAAGAUGAGGUGGAUGUAGUUCAGAAUCUCAUGUUCUACAUUGAGGCGGCUUACAAAGUGGCUGAUUAUGGGAUGUGGGAAAGAGGAGACAAAACCAACCAGGGCAUCACUGAGAUUAACGCCAGCUCUAUAGGCAUGGCCAAGGCAGCUCUGGAGGCUUUGGACGAGCUCAACCUGUUCGGAGCAAAAGGAGGACCUGGAUCGGUCGUCCACGCUUUGGCUGACGACAUACAGCACUGCCAGUCCAUCCUGACGUCGAUGUUACCCAGAGCGUCCAUCUCUAAAGAGGUGGACGCCGGAGUCCUGGCGAUCAUCUCGUACCCCGCCUUCGCUGUGGAUGACAUCAGCAUCGUCAACAUGACCAAGGAGGAGAUCAUCUCUAAACUGCAGGGUCGAUACGGCUGCUGCAGGUUUCUCCGAGACGGACACAAAACGCCUAAAGAGGAUCCAAACCGUCUGUAUUACGAGUCUGCAGAACUGAAGCUGUUCGAAAACAUUGAGUGUGAGUGGCCGCUGUUCUGGACCUACCUCAUUCUGGAUGGCAUCUUUAUCAACAGCCCUGAGCAGGUGCAGGAGUACCAGGAGGCCUUGGAGGGCAUCCUGAUCAAACAGAAAGACGGGAUACGACUGCUGCCAGAGCUCUACAGUGUCCCCCCAGAUAAGGUGGAGGAGGAGUAUUUGAACCCUCACUCUGUGGAGAGGGUGCCGAUGGGCAAAUGUCCUCUGAAAUGGGGACAGUCUCUGUACAUCCUUGGAAACCUUCUGGCCGAGGGAUUUCUUGCCCCCGGAGAGAUCGACCCUCUUAACCGACGUUUCUCCACCGUCCCAAAGCCAGAUGUGGUCGUACAGGUGUCAGUUCUGGCAGAGACUGAGGAGAUUAAAGCGCUGCUGCUGAAGAACGGUAUCGACGUGGAAACUGUCGCUGACAUCCAUCCCAUCCACGUGCAGCCCUCCAGCGUCCUCAGCCACAUCUACGCCAGACUCGGUCGUAACCCGAGGCUGGGUCUGUCGGGACGGCCCUACAGGAGAAUAGGGGUGCUGGGAACCUCCAAGUUCUACACCAUCAGAAACACCCUCUUCACAUUCACACCUCAGUUCAUUGACCACCAGCAGUUCUACUUGGCGUUGGACAACAAAAUGAUCGUGGAGAUGUUGAGGACGGAAAUCUCCUACCUCUCAUCCAGAUGGAGGAUGACCGGACGACCCACCGUCACUUUUCCCAUUUCACAGACUAUGCUGACUGAUGAGCACACAAACUUGGACCCAGCAGUGUUGGCCACACUGAAGAAGCUACAGGAUGGAUAUUUUGGAGGAGCAAGGAUCCAGACGGGAAAGCUGUCGGAGUUCUUGACCACUUCAUGUUUCGCUCACCUGAGCUUCCUGGACGGUAAGGGUUCUGGCAGCAUGAGCCACCGCCGCGAAGAGUAUGAUGAUGAUGAGAGUGACGGCGAUGGAUACGUGCAUGAGUUACGUAAUGAUGAUGAGGCUGACGACCUAGCCCAGUACCUGGACCACCUGCUGGCCCACGCUGCCCCGAAGAAGCCCAAACGGCAGGUGGGAGCUCUGGGGAAGUUCAAGGCUUUGGCCACCAAAACCAGGGACAUGGUGUCUCUGAUGAACAAGGCUCAGGACCUCGACAUACAAAAUGUCAACAUGUACCUGCCGAACAAGCUGUUUCACUCUCCUCAGCCUUCCCUCAACCUGAACCUCCCAGACCCCUCUACACUGCAAGGAACCCAGGCUUCGGAGGAGACAGCCUCAGCGAAGGCUGUUAUCCCCACAGAUGCCAGCGGAAACGUCGACCACAACGCUUUGGUCCAGCUGCUGAAAGACACCCAGAGUCUCCAGGACCAGGGCGAUAUACUCUACAUCCUCUUCAAAGACAAGGGCAUGGACUGGGACACUAAUCUGCACGGUAAAGGCUCCACGGUGAGAUCUCUGCUCUCUGACCUGUAUGAGAAGGCAGGUGAAGUCAAACACUGGGGCCUCAUCAGGAUGAUCUCUGGCAUGCUGAAGAAGAAGGUGGAGGAGCUCGACUCGGCCUGCUCUGACUUGCUGGCGCAUCAGAAGCACCUGACGGUGGGUCUGCCUCCGGAGCCCAGAGAGAAAACCAUCACUGCUCCCAUACCUCCAGACCAGCUGGCCGCUCUCAUCGACGAGGCCAGCGACAACAACAUCAGCGUGGCCAUUCUCACUCAGGAGAUCAUGGUGUACCUGGCUAUGAGCAUAAGGACUCAGCCCGGCCUGUUCAGCGAGAUGUUCAGGCUCCGUAUCGGUCUCAUCAUCCAGGUCAUGGCCACUGAACUGGCCCAGUCGCUCAACUGCUCAGGAGAGGAAGCUACAGAGAGUCUGAUGAGUCUCGGACCAUCAGAGCUGAAGAACCUCCUCCACCACAUCCUCAGUGGGAAAGAGUUUGGAGUGCAGUGCAGCGUUAGAGAGCUGGAUGCUGGCGUCAGUCCUGCCAUCUCCAUCCAUCAACUGGGCAACGUUGGCGCCACCAAGAGCGAGAGAGCCGGCAUCAGCAAACUGAAGAGUGACAUGAGGAUGGCGGAGCACAGGUUGUCCCUGUCGGAUCCAUUUAAGAUGGACCGAAGGGUAUCUUUGGCUGACUCAGUUAAGCUGGACCAGUCACAGACCUCCCUGCGUAAGGGCAUGCGAUCUCAGUCUCUGGACAUAGAAAGCUUUGAAUCUGGGAGGUACAAGAUGCAGUCCAUAGAAUCUCUGGACAUUCCCGAAUGCUUGCCGGUUGCCAAGGAUUCCAGACACGGCCAAUGGCUGCGCAGGAGGCGUCUGGACGGAGCCUUGAACCGAGUCCCUGUGGGCUUCUACCAGAAAGUCUGGAAGAUCCUGCAGAAGUGCCACGGUUUGUCCAUAGAAGGGUUUGUCCUCCCUUCUUCAACCACCAGAGAGAUGACACCAGGAGAGAUCAAAUUCUCCGUCCAUGUGGAGACGGUUUUGAACCGCGUCCCUCAGCCUGAGUACCGGCAGCUGCUGGUGGAGGCCAUCCUGGUGCUCACCAUGCUGGCCGACGUGGAGAUCCCGAGCAUCGGCUCCAUCAUCCACGUGGAGAAGAUCGUCCACAUGGCCAACGACAUGUUCUACAAGGAUCAGAGAGACCUGGGAGCAGAGGAGAACUUCCUGGAGCGGGACCCGUCCACCGGAGUGUGCAGGCUGCUGUACGACAGCGCCCCGAGUGGCCGCUUUGGGAGCAUGACCUACCUCACCAAGGCCGUGGCGGCGUACGUGCAGGACUUCCUGCCCAGCGAGGCGUGUGCGGUGCAGUGAGAGCACGACCCACGAAACCAGAGCAGGGGUGAAACCACUCGGUAGCAAAUGAAGUUAAAGCUAAAAUGAAGCUAAAAUUUGCAACAGUUUUCACAUUAAAGUAACAAUAAAAUGAGCAGUACAUAAAUAUGUAUAUUGUCACUAUGUGUGUUAGUGCAGAGUGUAAUAGAAAGACACGUUACAGUAUGUUUUAUUUAUAGGCUUAAUGUGAAAAUGUGCUGAUGAUCUGUGAUAUAUGUUUUUAAAUGAAAACUUUGUGUUGAAGGGGCAUCGACACUGGUUUAGUCCCCAGUGUUUUUUCGGCGUCCUUGUCUCCAUGGCAACCCACUCUUUGCCUGUGUAAAGGCCACAGGUAUAUCAUUUUAUUUGGGGAAAAGGGGGUUCAGAAAUUCCUUAAAACACCGCAGGCACUGUGGCAUUAAUACACACGUGGUGCUUUAGUGAGUAUUUACCGCAGCAGAACAGUAAACUCAAAAUGAACUACAAGGCCCAUGUUCAUAUUAAUGAAGGUUUAUAAAAGUAAUUGUGUGCACAUCCCAGCUUCUGGCAGGUGCAGGACAAAUGAAA